UCAACCGAGGAAGCGGUCAGUCACGUAGUAGCGUUUGAGCUGAAACGAACAAAGAAACAUAAAAACGCUUAACCUGACAGUUUAAAUUUAAAAAUAUCGACAAUUAAAAUUAAUUAUUAAAUAUUUAAUCGACCUGUUAUAUUUGUUUUCAAAUAUUAAAAAAAAAACGUGUGUGUUACUCCGUGAUUCAAUUUCAUUAAAGUGACGUUGAUAUUAAAAAUAAUUAAAUUGAAAUAAAAAUAAACAUUCUUGUUAUUCAUGAGGUUAAUAGCUGAUUGUUAUAAUUAUUACUAAUAGUAUUUUUAAAAUUUAAAAAAUUCUGUGAUCGAUUUAAUAUUUGACUUUUUUUAAUUUUAUUGAAACGUGCUCGGUGCUGAGUGAAGCCACGGUUUAGUACUGGAUUGGUGCGACGCGCGCAGAUCUUCAACACAAGCCGCGCUAGUGCCGGCGAGGGCGAGCAUAACCUAAACUCCGUCUCGUCUCGGAGCACCAGUUUGAGUCAGACAGACGCCGGGUACACACGCGAGUUGUCUCGACUUGGUCUUGGUCUUGCAAAUUAUCAAUCUCUGCUUAAACUUUUAUUUAAAUCUCGACUCCAACGGUGUCUGCUUAUUUGAGUUUAUUUAAUUAUUUAUUUAUAAUUUAAUCGAUAUUUUAAACAAGAACGUCAUUGGAUCGAGGACUGGAAUUACAUAUAUUUUAAUAUUUAAAAAAAGGGGUUACGUUUUUAAUGUUUGUGAUUUAUUGAGAGUGUUUGUGGCAGUUAAAUUAUUAUUAUUAUUAUUAUUAUUUAAAAAAGGGCUUAGUCGACUAGCUCGGAGGAGUGAAUUGUUUUUUUUAAUUUUAUAAUUUUAAAUAUAAAUAAUUUACAAGGGUUUCUUUGUGUUAUGUGCCACCAGACGAGAGUUUGAAGGAGAAAUUUUUCUAAGACUACGGAUUAUUCUCGUAUAUACGGGAUGCCGGUUGACUGAAGAUGGCCUCCCCGACACCCUCGUUGGAAUCACGCGCAAAUUCCCUCGGCUCCCUGGUUUCGUUGUCCCCGGUGACUGUGAGCGGGAGCUCACCGCCAGCAAGUGACUCAGCGAUCUGUGACGUCGACAGUUGUGAUAUCUGCCUGGACACAGGCAAACCGGGCGACGGAACUUGUAACUGUCGUCUCGGACGUGGAGUAAGGUGUACAGGUUGUAAAUCAACAGAAUCAGACGCAGUAGCACGUUGUUUUGAUUGUGCUAAUUUUCUUUGUCCCAAUUGCGUAAUGGCACACCAAUUUAUGCACUGUUUCGAGGGCCACCGGGUUCUAAAUCUCGGUGACUCAAAAUUAGAGGGUCAUUCUGAAUCCCGAGGAAAUUUAAUGAUCACCAACGGCAGCAAUGGAACGACCAAUGGUGAAAAAACACUUUGCUGUUUACGUCACAAAAACGAACCACUUAAAUACUUUUGUCGGUCGUGCAAUGUUCCUGUUUGUAAAGAGUGCACAGUGAGUGACCAUCCAGCACCACUUCACGAUUGCGGUCACAUUUCUGAAGUGGGAUCACAGCAACUUGAAUUAGUGACAAGAACAGUUGCUGAUUGUCGAGCCAAAGCUUCGGAAAUACGUACGGCAAUAAAAUCCGCCGAUCAAGGUGUUGCUAAAUUACAAAUUCAGUAUCACAAAGCACAAAAUGAAAUAAAUGAUACCUUCCAAUUUUACCGAUCAAUGUUGGAGGAACGUAAACAAGAAUUACUUAAAGAAUUGGAAUCAGUAUUCUCCGCAAAACAGAUAUCGCUGGGUGUAGUGACGCAAAAAGCCAAUGAAAUGGUCGACAAAAUUCAACAGACUUGUGAAUUUGUUGACAAACUGACCAAGUUUACCACCGUGACCGAGGUACUGAUGGUUAAAAAAUUGUUGGACUCUAAACUACAACAGUUGCUCAGCUAUUCGCCUGAAAUAACAAACCAUUCGGAUUUGGAAUUCGUCAGUAAUUAUCAGGCUAUUCAAGUGGGUGUGAGAAAUACGUUCGGUUACGUACGCAGCAGCGCUGACAGCAACAGUGUUGGACCCAGUAAACAGCCACCAAUAGCACGACCAACGGCACUAACAAAUGGGAACGGCGGUGGAAGCAAUCCUAGCAGUGGUCCAGGCAGUGCUGGAUCUCUCGGCGGUUUGUUACUAGAUCGGCCUUACAGCAAUGGCCUAGUGUCAACCACAUCGACAUGCGCAUCAACCUCACCCUCGUCCUUCGAGAGCAAUGUAAUAUCAAAGAGGUUCAGCACGGCAAACAGCCUCGGGCCAUUCUCCACCACAAUCACCGAUCUAAAUCUAAAUGGCAUGAAUAAUCCAUACGAAAAGUGGAGCAAUGGAGGUGGCAGUGAUGCUUAUUCUGUUAACGCAAAUGAUCACUAUGCAAUAGCUAACACUAAUGGCGGUGGUGGUCCAACUUCUGCAGACUCCGUCCUGGAUCUUACAUCGAAAUUAAUGUCCGCGUCAAUAGUAUUCCCACCAAAGUCACAAAUAAAACGUCAAAAGAUGAUUUACCAUUGUAAAUUUGGAGAGUUUGGCGUCAUGGAGGGACAAUUUACUGAGCCAUCGGGUGUUGCCGUCAAUGCACAAAAUAUUAUUGUUGCUGACACGAAUAAUCAUCGUAUCCAGAUAUUUGACAAAGAAGGCAGAUUCAAGUUUCAGUUUGGCGAGUGCGGAAAACGCGACGGACAACUUCUUUACCCAAACCGUGUUGCCGCUGUACGUCCUUCCGGUGAUAUAAUUGUCACAGAACGCUCACCCACUCAUCAAAUUCAAAUAUACAAUCAGUACGGACAGUUUGUGCGUAAAUUUGGUGCGAAUAUUCUUCAGCAUCCACGUGGUGUUACAGUUGACUCAAAGGGUCGUAUCGUCGUGGUCGAGUGCAAAGUAAUGCGUGUUAUAAUAUUCGAUCAAACUGGAAAUGUGCUUCAGAAAUUUGGAUGCUCAAAGCAUCUCGAGUUUCCAAACGGUGUCGUGGUAAAUGACAAACAAGAAAUAUUUAUCAGUGACAAUCGCGCUCACUGUGUUAAAGUAUUUGGCUAUGAUGGUACUUACUUACGGCAAAUUGGCGGUGAAGGUAUUACUAAUUACCCAAUUGGCGUUGGUAUAAAUGCCGCUGGUGAAAUACUUAUCGCUGAUAAUCACAAUAAUUUCAACUUGACAAUCUUCACACAAGAAGGCCAAUUAGUAUCCGCACUGGAGAGUAAAGUAAAACACGCCCAGUGCUUUGACGUUGCUCUUAUGGAUGACGGAUCUGUAGUACUUGCCAGCAAGGAUUAUCGUCUCUACAUCUACCGGUACAUUCAAGUGCCGCCUAUUGGUAUGUAGAGCCGUGGGUGAUGGGCCGCGACUCACCGCGACCGGAAUCCGCUUAAUCAAACCCACUAUCAUCAGCAGCAGCAGCAACAACAGCAGCCGCUGCAACAAUCACAGUCAAAAAAUAAUCGUGAUAAGCGAACCGGUAACGUUGAGUCCAGCCCCGAUACGUGCACACCGUCGGCACGUCCAUCUACGAAUUUAAUCACCAAGACGGACAUCAAUCAAGACAAAUUCCGACUACAUCGAGUUCAUCACCAACAUCAUCAGCAGCAGCCGCAACCGCAUCAAAAUUUGCAGCAGCAGCAACAGCCGCAGCCACAGCCACAUCAUCAUUAUCACCACCAUCAUCAACAACAACGCACUCAUAAUUCCGACGCAGCUGUAAACCUGACCCGGUGGUCCAGUUUACCAGUUAGAGUCGACAACGAUCCAAAACGACUUGAUCGUAGCAAUGGUAUUAUCAACGACGAGCCGACGUUACCAUCCCCAGAAUCAGGAUCAUCUCGACGACCGCAAUUCUGCUUGGCUAGCCAUCGUGCCCGUGGAAGUGACACCAGGGAUUCUUAGCAGCGUCACGAUUUUUAAUUUCCACAAUUAUAAUCAUUAUUAUUAUAAUCAUCUUGAGUAAUAAUAAUAAUAAUUAUCUAUCAUCAUCAUCAUCAUCAUCAUUGGUCCAAUAUUUAAGUAAGAAAGCGUGCGCGCUAAACUCAGCCUACUAAAUGCGUAUGAAGAUAAAACGAGAGUAUCCUUGACUGACGCACAAGACGAUGCUCCGUAAGUGAAAAAUGUGAGAAAAAAAAAUAAUAACAAUUUAAAAAAAAAAAAAAAGUAUAUUAUUUAAAACAAAAUUAUGUAAAAUAUUAAAUUUAAAAAUAAUAAUAAUAAAUACGAUGAAAGAAAAGGCGGACUCGGACACGACCGAGACACACGUCGUACACACGCGCGAAACUUACUUGUUAAUGUUGUUAUAACUGAAAAUACUGUUGUUGUUGUUUAGUUGUAGAGCUCGCCGCCGCUAGUCACUCCCUUUAAGCCCUUAUUACCCCAAUUUCCUGAUAACUCGACCCGGUUCCUUAAACUUCAAAACCCAAACUCAAACUUUACCCGAAACCAAAAUUCCCAAGGAUUCGAAUUUUAUGGAUGCGGUUUAUGGACCGAGACAGGUCUCUGUACACUUGACAAACUCAAUUCUUUAUCCUCAGCUUCCCGUCUUUUUUACACUUCCUCGAUCCUUAACCCAACCCCCCACCCCGGCCCCUUUAAUCAUCGAAAUAUUUAAUUUUCGUAGCGUGCCCCCGAUUAUCUAAAACCUCGAGAGCCUUCGUCAUCAGCUGUCGUUCGUUUCGUUGUAUGAUCUCUGUUUAUUAAAAUAAUUUAAAAAAAAAAAAAAAUAAUUAAUUAAUUAAUUAACGCUCGCUCUUGUGUUUGCCGGAACUCUCCCAAAUCUCGACUCAUUUUGUUGUCAAUAAUUAAAUUAUUAUUAAGUAUUUAAGGCCCGCGAGAUACGUUAACGUUAAUAAUGUGAGAAACUAUACGAAAAAACAGAUGUGAGUAUUAAAUAAUAAGGAUUUAAUUAACGAGCUUCAAUUACGCCAUUAGUCCGUUAAAAUCCUCUGUUACUUUUUUUGUUGCGCCCUAGAAGUUAAAAAUAUUUAAAAAUUCCCGUUCCUCAAUAAGACGCAAGUCGGUCGUUGGUAGUCACUGAGAAGGGUCCAGCGACGGCACAAGUCGUUGAUUAAUCAUGUUAAUUAUUCCAUUUUUUCUACGCGUUAUUAUUACUAUUAUUAUUUUUUUAAUAUCAUUAUUAUUAAUUAUUAAAUAGAUAAUUAUUAAUUAAUUAAAUAAAAUAUAUUACCUCGGAUGGGAGCCCGUGGAUGCGGAUGGUGAUACUCGCGCCCGAGAUGUACGAAUAUUUGCAUUUAGAUAAAAAUAUUUAAAGAAAAAAAACUAAAUAAUUUUCACGUUAAUGUUAGUAGUUUUUUAAUUAUCUAUAACUAUUACUAUUAUUUUAAAUAAAUAUAAUCUAUUACUCUCGUAUCUAAUUGCGUGACAAUCUCUCUCUAUUUUCAAAUACUAUUAAUAUGUUUUUUUUUUUUAACUUAAACCUUUUUCCAAGCGUCUGAAUUGAGGAAUAAUUUGAGGAUGUGACGACAAAAAAUUUUUAUAAUUAACCGUAAUUAUAAAAAAAUUAUCUGUUGGACCAAAUAAUUAUUAUUUAGAGUAAAAAAAAAAUUAAAUAACAAUUGUUAUCAUUUUAUUUAUAUUAUUAAUUAAUAUUAUUAUUAUUUUUUUACACUAGGAAUUAAAUAACUUUUUCCAAUCGUCUCUCCUCAUCUAAGCUUAGACCUAUCGUUUGAUUGUUUUUUUUUUAUUUUUAUUUUUUAUCUGUAGUGUUAUUUUUUGUAGUCCGUAGUUGUAGUGAAUUUUAAGUACAAUUAAGGUUUGUUCUGUGCACUUAAAUAUUAUUAUUAUUAUUAAUUAUUAUGUUUACCCCUGUUAUUAAUUAUUAAUAAUAAAUAAUUACGGUUUUCACUGCCGAUUAUUUUUAAAUGUUUAAUUAAAUAAUUCAUGAGAAUUUAAAAUUAUUAAUUUUUUUUUCUCAAGCAAUUAACUUGCCGCGAUUUAUAAUUAUUCAGGAUUCAACAGUAUAUUAAUUAAUGAACAAAUUGUGCUGUUUAUUAUUAUUAUUAUUAUUAUUAUUAUUAUUAUUAUUAUUAUUAUUUUUCUUUCCAUUAUAGUAUUAAUAUAUUUUGUUGGAUGAGUCACGUUAAAGUGAUGUGAGAUUACCUGUCACGUUGACUUCAUGCAUGUUUACAAUUUACAAUUAUUAUUAAUUAUUAUUAUAUUAUUAAUUAUUGUGUAUUAUUAUUAUUAUGUAUUAUUAUUAUUAAUUAUUAUUAUUGCUACUAUCAUUGCUAGUUAUUAUGAUUGUAUUAUUUUUUAUUAUUAUAUAAAAAAAAAAAAAAAAGAAAAAAAAAUUAACGAAAUAAAAUCUCCGUUUGCGAUUUUACAAUUAAUGAACAAAUACUUUGUUCAGUUUAUGAAUUUAAAGUUUGAAAUCUUAAGUGGUAUUUUGUGGAUUUAAAAUAAUAGUUGAGAUAAUAGAUAAUAAUAAAGAUAAAUAAAAUCGUAAGGUAUCAAUAAGACUGCGAGGCUGGCUGGCUAAAAAACUUUACGCUUUCCAUUUGGUUUAAUAGUAUAGAGAUAAAAAAAAAAAGGAUAAUAAUGAUGAUGGAAAAAAAAAAGUUAAAUAGAUAUUGAGUCGUUGGAUCUCAAAGACGACGUUGGUCGACAGAACGGCUCUUUUUUUGUGUGUUAAGGGAAAUGUUGAAAAAAUUGGAAUAGGUUUUUUUUUUUUGCAACCCCGAGAGUCCUGAGUCGAUGUUAAGACCUUGAGUCAGGACUCUCGGUGAAUUGGUCGGGAUAAUUUUAAAUCCCUUGACUGAAUAUCCCAUUGGAGAUGUUGAAAUGUGCGACUUGUCCCUGACGUGCGCGAAAAAAAAUUAACGGUAAAUUGAGAGAUUUUAUUUUAUUUUUUUUUUUUUUUACUCAAUUAUCAUAACAAUCAAAUUUUUUUUUUUUAUAACCAUUCAUAUUUUCACUUACAUGUAAUUUAAUAAAACAUAUAUUUUUUUUUUGCAAUUUUUCAUAUCACGUCCAUUAAUUAAUUGAGACAAAAAAUUAAUAAUUAUUUUUCAUAAGCGUAAAAAAUGAGUAAUCGCACAUUUAUAACUUCCACCAUCUGAAACUUAUAUUUUUAUCCGGUUAUUUAUUUAUCACGGCUAUGAUUUAAAUUACUAUUUUCUUUUUUUUUUGAAAAUACUAAGUAGCAAAAUAAAAAAAAAUUACAUAAUUCACGCUGGAAUUAUUAAAACAUUUAUUCAUAUCCAUGUCCGUUAAAUAUCACACUAAAUUCAGAACAAAUAACGGCCUAUAAAAAAAUAUUUUAGAAGCUGACGUCAAGCCAAAGAUUGAAUCUUAAAUAUAUUUUUAUUUUAGUUAUUUUUAAAAUUAUUUGGCUUACAUAUUAUUUUUUAAAAGUAAAAUUUCAAAUUAAUUUUUAUUUAAUUAUUUAAAUUAUUAAUUUAGCAGCGUGAAUUUUGUCUAAGUGUUGAGAAAUUAUUGGUUAUUAAUUAUUGAUUAUUGUCAUUUUUAUUAUUAUUAUUAUUAUUAUUAUUAUUAUUAUUAUUAUUAUUAAUAUUAUUGUGUAUUAAUUAGUUAGGUCUAAAUUGUUAUGGGAAAUUAAAUGACAAUUGAAAAAGCCAUUGAAUGUCUUAAAUUUUUCCUACGCCAGCUAGCCGUCGAACAUCAUCCCCAUUAGGGGUUGGCAUGUAAAAUAGGAGAUAGGAGAAGUUAAAAAUAUUAAAACAACCGUUUUUUAAAAUAAUAAUAAUAAUUACUAUUAUUAUUAUUUCUAUUGUUUCACUUGAUUUAAAUAAAUAAAAGAGAAUUAAAAAUAAUAAAGUACAUAAAUCAUAAUAGUUACGUUUUAUACUGAGGAAUAAAAACUGUUGAGCUUUGCGAAAAUGCAGAAUAAUUUAAGAAAAAAAAACUACAACGAAUGUCAAUCUCUCUUUUUUGUAUGGUUUGUUAUGUUAUUAUUUUUAAAUAAUACAACUCAAUUGUUCUUAAUUUAAAUGUAAAUCGUAUUUUGUUUGUUUUUUUUAGUUAUUUUUUUUUUGUUGUAAAAUGCUUUUUAAUAAUAUUUUCAGUUCAUAUUACAUAUCUUGGUGUUUUUAUUUUUUUUUUUAAUGCAUAUUUUUUGUCCACGUGUGUGCAGAACCUCAACCCAAUUACCGCAACCGUCUACUUCCUUUGAUCAAAACUUUCUCCUAACUCCAGUAUUUUUUCGA